AUGCAGAUCGCAGAGAUUCUCUCAGAUAUCACUUCCCUCCGAGUUUGCGGACACAACGAGGCUUUGGCACUAGUGAAUGUUCACAAAAAUAUCGCAGGCCCAGAAUCUACCGAGUCUGGUAGCGCAUCGGCAGAUAAGAGCCCAGCAGAGGACAAUACCGAUCUUCGUCGUGCAAAGGAACUCGUGGAGCUACACUAUGAGGUCAAAGCGCGACAUGCCAGUGGCACUGUUGACGAGGAGUUGAGUCAAGCUCGGCGGGAUGUCCGGCGCAUUUUGAGAGAGUUGUCGACUGUGUGA